GAAUAAACCGCUACAGAAAAAGACAAGCUUAUAAAAUUUGCUUUGAGUAAUAAGGACAACAACAUGGUUGUCGAAUAUUACCAUGCAAAAUGUACUGCCAUGCGCUAUACAGCAUUACUAUCAUCGCCGUGUGUCGCAUGGGUGUGAGCGAAAUAGACGAAACUGACCGUUCAUGCAAUGAGCAUUUUGAGACGGAAAUAGUGUUAAUGUAUGAUGUAUUAUUGUAAACUCACCAUUUUAUAAAUGUAGAUUAUGGCUAACAAGGACUCUGACUAUCCCUCAUCUCAGUCAGAUGAAGAUGAUUUAGACCCCGAACAUGAAGAACAACGGCAGCCAGUUAACAAUAAUGUUGCAAAUAUCCUUGCGAGACUCCAAUCUACUGGAGCUAUUAAGAAACUAAAGAAAGAGUAUUAUUGCUUCACCUGUGAAUUAGAUUUCCCAGAUAGGGAAGAGUUAAAUAAUCAUCUCAUUCAGCAUGUUUCCUUGCCAAAUGUGGAACUCGUAAAACUGCCUUCUGACGACGAAGACGAGCCUCCAUCAGAAGACGAAAACUGGUUUGACGAAGAGGAGUCGACAUCGCCAAAAAUGCCACACCCAAAAACACCUCAUAAGGUUGACAUCUCAGAAAUACUUAAAAACAAAAGCCUUUCAGUUAAAAAUAAUGAAAAUUCCGCAAAUUCGACCUCGGCAUUAGACAAAUUAAACAGCUUAGGGCUGACAAUAAAAAAUAACGCAACUCCAAUCAAAAAUGAAAAGCCAGAUAAUGACAAAAGUGAUGUUAUUCAAAGGUUAGGUAAAUUAGGAGGUUUAAAAUUAACAUUGAAGUCAGAUGGAAGCAAUACUAAUACAUUUAAAGUAGUCAAUGGCUUAAAAGACUUCAAAGCAUCCGAUGAUGAAGAUGAAAAAUCUCAAAAUGAUGAGGAGACCAUAAUUAUUAAAAAAGAAGAAACUGAUUCUACUGAAUCUCGUUUAUUAAAUGCACCUUUGUUAUCGGAACAGAUUAAAACUGAGCGAAUGUCGCCAACUCUACCAGACAGUUCGACACCUAUUGUCACUAAAAUUAAGACUGAAGAUGAAACUUCAACAUCACCAACACCAACAACAGCAAUGCCUUUAAAAUUUCCUCCUAAAACGGAAGAACCAGUCACGGUAAUAGAAAUAAACGGAGAUUCUAAUGAUGAGGAUGAUGAUUGCUGUGUUGUUUCAACCACUCCUGCUCCGGAUAUCAAGCCAAAAAUGGAAAUAAAAUUGGAUCCAAUUGUGCCUAAAAUAGAAGAAGUUACUUAUCCUUCGUCAACUUCAUACUCUACGAGUGCAUUCUCUAUGGCACAAACAAAUCAUCAUUCAGCUUCAGGCGUGUCACAAGCGCCCACAAUACAAUCAACAGAAAAACAACAUAGUUUUAAUUGGAAUGCCCCAGAUUCAAAACCUGCAGUCGAUAUUUUUGAAAAAAGUGCAGAUGACAUAUUUGAUAGUCUAAUGUCGACUGAUAAAAGAGAAAACAUAACUGAUGCAAAUGAAUAUAUAUCUAUUGACAAGUUAGGUUCCCAACAUACAUGCGACGUUUGUAACACUCGCUUUACAGAUAUGUCCUUACUUGAAGAUCAUAAAAAAAUGACCGGACAUUCUCAAAGUUUAGUGGCUUCCUCUAGUCUUCUUCCAUAUAACAAUUCCCCGAACAUCAUGUCAAGUCUCUUGCCAGUAAAACAAAUAGCAGACCAAGUUGGCAAGUUAUCAUCUAUAGGAAACAAUUCGGGAUUCACUCAUCAACAAAAUGUUAUGAUUAAUAUACAAGCAUAUCCAGGAGGAGGUGGUGUCAUGAUGCCUGGACAAACUCCAUAUAAUACUUUCCAAAAUGCAUCUAACUAUACCACAACGAAUAUGUACGGUCCUACUGGACAGCCCAUGUCUGAGCAAAUUCCACCAGGAAACUAUAUGGAUUCAAACAUGCCUUAUGGACAGUAUCAAACCCAGAUGUCUAAAGGUUACCCUAGUACGAUGUCACAUAAUGCAUACCCUCCACACAUCCCUUAUUCAGGUAAUACGCCACUUCAAGCCAUGCAACAAGCUGUUUACGGCCAGGCGGGAAUUAUGAAUCAACCUGUGAAUAUGGGACCACCACCGGCCCAACCUUAUGUUCCCGUGUCUAGUCCAGGUGGACUAAUGAAACCACCAAGCACUAGCGGUGUCACUAUACAGAAUGUGCAAACCUUUCCUCCUGGUCAGUUAGCCAUGUCAAGUGCAGGUCAAGGCUUGGAUCAAAAGGCAAGCCAAAGUAAAGCAAUGGGGCAAAUGCUCCCGCCCCCUUUGAGAGUGACUACGGGGCCGGUUGUGCCUCACGGACCUCGUCCCCGAAUGCCGAGUAUAAGACAUGCAUCCGGAAAAGCACCGAUACGAUCCGGAAUGCAAGUGCACGGGCAAAUCCGUGGUGCUAAAAUUUCACAACGAAUGCCUUUAAAACGUACUGGGGGAGCGACAGGAGGACCUGGUACUAAGCGACGACCUGACAUGUUGCUGCCCGGCAAACACGACAAUGAAGAUUGUCAAGUUAUGGCCAUGCAGAAACAAAGAGAGGGCCUUCCGAUGAUUCAUAGUGUGCAGGGAGCUAAAGAUAAAUUGGGAAGUCAAAUCUCAAUUACUAAAAAGACUGUAAACAAAGAAGCAAAUGCCAUGGCCAACGUCCUUGCUUCUCGUGGUAUUAGCAUCAAACAGAAGCAGAAAAGCCGAUCUCCAACACCAGAAAGACCUUUACCACAUAUUCCUAAUCUCGGUUCUGGUGUUAGCAUUAAGCAUACUUCAAAAUCCAGUAAUUUCUCCAUUCCCGAAGCUAAAGUAGGCGGAGGCAUGGUUUUGUGUAAAAUCUGCAAAAAGAUGUUGGGAUCGUACAGUUCCCUUCAAGUCCACAUGGCAAAUGCCCACCCACAAGGCAAAGUGCCUUCAUUCAAGUGCGAUGAGUGUCCGGCUUCAUAUCCUAAGUUGUUGCAGUUACAGCAUCACAAACGAGUGUUUCAUAACAUGACUGGAGCUAACAAGGAACUCGGUCUCCCUGUUGUGGAUCUCUCUCAAAUUGAUAACCUUAAGAGACUUGGAAAUUUAGGCAUCUAUAGUUUUAUCCCCUUAGCAAACCGAGAGCAGGCCAAUGGAUGCUUUGGUAUACCUGUAAUAUCAGUUCAUAACAUGAAUUCUGGCACAACAUCUAAUUUGCAAGCCUUAGGCGCAGAUGGUUUGUUGAGUUUAGGCCCACUCAAGCCAUUACCAAAUACUUAAAAGUGAUUUUUGAUAUAAUGUUGUCACAAAGAAAUGUAUUAUGUACUUUGUUAAAGUAAGUUCCUUGAUAUAUAACUUAACUUAAUGUACAUAUAGAAUAGUUUAAAAUGAUUUCUGUAAUAUAUUUAUAUAUAUCCUUAGCUAACAUCUGUUGUAAAAGUGUAUAAGAAAUUGAUACUAUAUUUUAGAUGUUAAGUGUAAUAAUAAGUACAUAAAUAUAGAUCUGAUAGAUUUAAGUGAUAAACAUUUAUUUUUCUAAUAUCUUGGAAUUCUAGUAAUAUAUUACACAAAACAUGUAUUAUUAAGAUCCAGAGUUUAAAAUUAUUGUAUGUACUUUAAAAGUAUGGUAUAUAUAUAUAUAUAAUAAAGAACUAUUCCUCUUCUGAUAAAAAUUAUUAUGAAUGGUAGUAGAAUCUCCUACUAAACCGAUUUUGCUAACAACUGUAUUUGAUCGAGCCUAUGACAAUUUCCAAUUUUGAACUGAUGAGUUGAAGUCAGUACUAGGCAAGUUCUGCAUAGUAUCCUUGUUUACUAGAUUAUAUCUUUAUUAUUAGUCAUAUUAAUUUGAUUACCGAAAUUACAUUGAUUUUUUAUAAUUAAAACAACGUUUUCUGUAGUAAAAAUUGUAAAUAAAGGAAU